UAGCAUAUCAACCUAAUACAAUGUGUUGGUAUACAGUGUGAUUGUAUUUCAGCUAUUAAACAUGAUUUACAAAUGAAAUGGAACGUUAUUUUCAACCAAGUGGUCAUGUCUUCAGAGGAAGGAACUAAAACCCACAUUUUACUUUCACUUUCACAGCCUCGGUAGGCAAGGUUAUGAACCACAUAGUGUUUUAGCAUAUCUCAUUUGAACUUACUUUUAUUUACUAUAGAAAUAAACUAACGAACUAACAAAGAUGUCCAAACUUAAGCUUAUCAGAUUGUGCUUCUGGUUUUAUCUGGUGCGAACCGUGGUCUCCGAAGAUGAUCUUUAUCAUAAAGUGGGAGGUGAGCUCGUGUUGACGCCGGACAAGUCCACGGUGCCUGACUCCAUCAUAAGCGUCCUAUGGAAGCAUGGGAAGAACAAGGUGGCAGAGUGGGACCAGGGGUUUGGUGGUCUGGACAUCUAUGCCUCCUUCAAAGAGCGUACAACCCUGGACCAGACUACUGGAGAGCUGAGAAUCAGUGGAUUGAUGAAAACAGACAGUGGAGUUUAUUCUGUGGAGUUCAACAGCAAACUGCUUGACAAAACAUAUACAUUAUCUGUUUUCAAGGCAGUCCCCAAACCCACCAUCACUUCUUCCUGUAACCCAGACAAAACCUCCUGCACUCUGACCUGUGAGGGCAACACCACUGAUGCUGAACCAGUCACCUACAGCUGGAAAGUGGGAGAGGGGGCGUGGGAGGACUUAGACAAACAGCUAAGUGUCUCUAAAUCAACCAAUGGUAUCAAGUACACCUGCAAGCUGAGUAAUGCUGUUAGUUCGCAAGUCAGUGAGCCAGUUGGGGAGGUGUUUGGUUCAGAGCAUUCCAUUAUUGGUGCUGUUGUUGCUGCUUUGGUUGUCGUUGCCAUUGUAGCGUUUGCAGGAUUUUUGGUGUGGAAGAAAAAGACAGAAUAUUCCCAAGACACCUGGAUCGACUUUUUGAGAAAGUAUUUUGGUGGAAUUUAUGGUAGAAUUUGUGGGGAAAGCAAUGCCGAUAAAGCUGAAAAGGGGCAGGGGAAUGAAGAUGAUCUUUAUCAUAAAGUGGGAGGUGAGCUCGUGUUGACGCCGGACAAGUCCACAGUGACUGACUCCAUCACAAGCAUCCUAUGGAAGCACGGGGUGUACUAUGUGGCAGAGUGGGACAAGGAAUUUGGUAGUCUGGAGAUCUAUGGUGUCUUCAGAGGCCGCACAACCCUGAACCAGACUACUGGAGAGCUGAGAAUCAGUGGCUUGAAGAAAACAGACAGUGGAGUUUAUUCUGUGGAGUUCAACAGAAAACUUCUUCACAAGACAUAUAAAAUAUCUGUUAUCAGGGGCGAUGAUGAGACUACAAUGAAUGGCAGCACUGCACCAGGGGGCGACCUUGACGCCGCUGAAAAAGGAGAGGCAAAUGGAGAGGGGUCCGUGCUGCUGAAAGAAGACACGGUGAAGUACGACAAUGGAAAGGUGGAAGCAGAAGAGAAUUCAGCAUUGUAGGACGGACGCCAGGGAACUGUGGACCAAAGGCACCGUCCCAUCUUGACCACCAGCACUGGACGACAUGGGUGCCCCUCUGAGGUUGCGUUUUUUUGUGGAUUUACCUUUUUUGGGAAAAAUCUGAAUUUAAUCAUUAUUGAGAAUCAUGGAUUUAAAGGAACUGAAUCUCUUUUUGA